UGGUGCUUUCCUUCUUUCUGCAGCUUGCAAGGAUCUUUGGAUUUUGCAAAACAGUUCCAAGAAAAUAAUGGCCAACUUCUCCUUAUGGACAAUUUUUGGAUUAUUUUUGUUGAAGCUCUGUCUAGCAGAAACGGAAUUCAUUGUAAGUUGCAGAUAUGGAGGAGUUUUUCAUGUUGAAAAAAAUGGUCGCUACAGUCUCACACGAUCUGAAGCAGUUGAACUCUGCAGAGCUCUCAACAGUACCUUGGCAACACUAGAGCAGCUGAAGAAAGCUCAUGAGCUUGGAUUUGAAACUUGCAGGUAUGGUUUCGUGGUGGGGUAUAUUGUUAUCCCACGGAUCAAUCCCUAUCAUCUUUGUGCAGCAAAUAACACUGGCAUUUACAAACUUUCAGCAAAUACAACUGCUCGGUAUGAUGCAUACUGUUACAAUGCAACAGAAACAGAGGAAAAAACAUGUGAACCCAUUGUAAAAAUAGAUACUUCCUUACUCAGUAAUCAGGAUGAAACAGUCAUUGACAACGCAGAUGGCUCCCGUUACAACGCGGAUGGCACACGUCACACCAGUGGAGAGUCCUCAACCUCAGGGGUGGAUGAUGAAAAUGCAGGUAGUGGAUCAACUCAUGAGACAACUCCCAUGGAUGCCUCCAUCAGCAGGUCCAGCACCGCAUAUUAUGGAAGUCCUACUCCAGUCUCACAGCUGCCAGAUCAUUCUUCUGGAGGAGGUGAAAAAGGAAUUCCUGGAAAAGACUAUGAUAAUGAAUUGCCAUCUGUAUCACCUGACAUCUCUUUGGGGACGGUGGCUGGUGAUUUCCAUGAAGGAGAUGACGGAGAGUAUCCUGCAAGUACUACUCCAGGGCCUCGUCAUGACAACCUGGAGAAAACCACCACCCAGGCUUGGUGGAAUCCGUUCCCAGACAACUGGUGGUGGUCGAAUCCUGGAGAGAAGAUGCAAGAACCCACGCCAGCAACCAGGGCAGAUGUGACCUCCAGUGGCAGUGAUUCAGAUGAUGAAGACUCUUCUGAGGAGACAAUGUACCCCACAGUGUUUCCAGGCUGGGGCAGGAGUGUGGCCGAGGACGAGACUGCUCGGAGUACGACUCCAGGGCCUCGUCAUGACAACCUGGAGAAAACCACCACCCAGGCUUGGUGGAAUCCGUUCCCAGACAACUGGUGGUGGUCGAAUCCUGGAGAGAAGAUGCAAGAACCCACGCCAGCAACCAGGGAUGUGACCUCCAGUGGCAGUGAUUCAGAUGAUGAAGACUCUUCUGAGGAGACAAUGUACCCCACAGUGUUUCCAGGCUGGGGCAGGAGUGUGGCCAAGGACGAGACUGCUCGGAGUACGACACUAGUUACAAGUGAAAAUGAAAAACAUCAAGGACAAACCCAACAUCCACGAUUACACAGCGUUCAUUCUGGAGGGAUCAGUCAAGAACAAAAUCCUGCAAAUACCACUGGCAGUAUUGAACAACAUGAAUUUACUACUGCAGGUGGAAAUUAUUUUGGAAAGGAAACUUCUACAGCUAUGGUCCCCAGCCAUGGGGCCAAACAGAACGACUCAGCGCAAGAGCCAUUGGUGUAUCCAGGCUGGGAUGAGAGAGAGGAUUAUGCCACACAGCGUGCUGUAACAGAUAGACUUAUUCCUUCCAGAGAGAGCAAUCAUGAAAGAGAGUCUUCCACUACAGCAGCUGUUGCCUCUCCUGAUGGUGCCCACCAGAAAGAGCCAACUCAACCACUUCUGGCUUGGGAUGAUGAAUCAGAAAUGAACACUGUAGGCAUCACAAAUCCCACAGAUGCCCCUGGGGAUGAAGAUCUCCACAGGACCACAGCCACUAUGAUCAAAGAUGGUAAUGACUCUCCUCUGAUGGGUUCCAGUAAAAAUAAUGUCACAGCCUCCACUGACAUUCUGGCACCAGAAGAUAUAACCCAGGGAGCAUGGGCACCUCACCUUGCGGUAACAGCUGCUUCGUCUCCUGAGGGUGCCCACCACAAAGACACAACUCAAACACCUCUGCUUUUGGAUGAUGAACUGGGGCAGGGCACGGAAGGCAUCACAAAUCCCACGGAUAUGCCCAGAGAUGAAGUCCUCCACGGGACCACAGCCAGUGUGACCAAAACUGUCGUAGAAUCCGUGGAUGAUGCUGACCAAGAGAAAGCAACCAAGGAGCCACUGGCACUUGGCACUGCACCUGGAAGGGAAGGUGAACCAGCAAACACCACAGAUGGUUUCCAUGUCCAUGGGAUACCUGGAGUUUUUUCAGACAUUGAGGACCGUUCUAUUCCCUUGCAGACUCCUCUUACUACCAGCUGUACCUCUAGUGUUUAUAGUAACCAAGGACCACACAAGGGACAUUAUGAAUCCACUACUUCCCCUGGAGAGACCGCCACAACAAAAAUAGAUUCACAAUCAAGGUCGGCCCGUGUACCAGAUUGGCUGAUCAUCGUUGCUGCUCUCGUGGUGCUUGCAUUGAUCCUUGCAGUGUGCGUUGCUGUUAACAGUCGCAGAAGAUGUGGGCAGAAGAAAAAGCUAGUGAUUAACAAUGGCAAAGGGGCAGUGGAGGACAGGAAGACAAGUGAAUUAAAUGGAGAUAUCAGCAAAUCACAAGAAAUGGUGCACUUGGUUCAUAAAGAGCAGUCAAAUGACCGAACACAAGCAUGUGAUGAAUUCCUGACUGUUAAUGAAACACAAAAUCAUCACGAGUUGGACAUGAAGACUGGAGUGUAAUGGUACCACACUGCCAAGCAGAUCAGGGCUGGGGAAACCAAAAUCAUGUGGAACUUGAACAGGAAUUCACAGAUGCACUGUGCUACUGAUGUCUUUUGAACAUAAGCCUAAGUUCUAUUUCUUUUAGUCACUUUGCAAUGAUAUCUGAGUUUAAAAAUUGACAUGUGCUUUCUGAAAUACACCCCCAAGAGCUGCAAAAUGCUUUCAGUUCCCAGUCCCUUCACAGAGGACUCUCACUGUGUCCUGGAUGUUAGGAGGCAUACAAGUUUACAUCAUUAUUCCUCAAAUGGAAGGUCUUCACUGUGUGGAGCUAAUGAAGUAUCCAGACACUCCAUCUUACAGAUAUUUAAAGUAUUAAACAUGCCAUGGUACAGAAGUAAGUGAGGAAAAAUGUCAAGAGUAAAAAAAUCAAAUUUAAACCCAAAAGGCAUCUUCUACAAUGUCUGCAACAGCAGAAUCCUUCAGAAAUGCCUUCCAGCCAGGAAUAGCAGUGGGUACAUUCAGAAUCUGCCAGUAUAAACAAAAAGUGACAUUUUAUAAUUAUGUGUGGCUUGGUCUGCAACGAGGGAAACCCAGAAGGAUGAAAUUUAUUUAUCUUUAUUUUUAAAUAUCUAUGGACAUACAGCAAGUCUUCUCUGGAGGGGUAAUAAAGGCAUGAAAACAUGAGCUGAAACAUAAUAAACUUCUAUUCUUUAUUAUCCUAGCAACCUGUACAAUUAUCCUUCAGUUUUUGAAGUGUUCAUUGCUCUUCUCCCUGCCUCAUUCAUUGGUCUAAGUUUGUGCAUGUUUUUAAUGAGCCUGUUAGUUAAGAUAAUGAAUAAAACAAAAUGACCCCAGCUCUAUCACAUAUGCACAAAUCAAGCAAUUGAGAUCACUAGGGAAGCUGACAGUAUUUUACUCCUGAAAAUAGGUCUCUAUAUUCUGCUCCAUUUUACUAAGGAGAUGCUGAGCCUAUUAAAUUUUUCCCCCUAUAACUAUUAUAUUAUAUGAGAUUGCUGAUAUUUUAAAAGUUGCUUUUCUAUGAUCUCCCUCAUUUCCUCUGAAUUCUAUUUCAUGUACAUUUUUUCCAUCAGCUUUUUUAAAACACCAAAAAGAAAUAUUGCUUGUUUUUUGGUACCAGAAGUUCAAUUUCUACAGAAAAGAUCAAAGCAAAUGAAAGGAAACUCUUCCCAGCCAUGUAAUAUAGAGUAGCUGAGCUGCAUUGUUACCUGCUUUUGUUACGUCCUUUUGUGUCUGUUAUGUAAAGUAUUUGUAUUAAGCUAUGAUGCUGUGCAUUAUAUUGCUAUGAAUUGUCAGGAAAAAAAUUAUUUACUACCAGUGGUCUGUGCCAUUUUUAAGAAAGCUUAUUGGAAUGGAGGGAGAAUUGUAACUUCUAAUUGGACUCCCUCCAGGAAAUGAAGGGAAAAAUCUUGGUCUGUGUCAGCUGUGGGAUGUGGAUGGUCUGUAGCAGGGCUGUUCAGGAGUUCUGUUCACUGACCAUAGCCCCUGUCUUUGAAACUGUUCUGCUAAAGUAUGUUAUAUUGUGUUCUCCAUCUGAAGCAGUUCGGAGGAUGAAUAUUCAGGUGGCUAAAUACUGACUUUAGCUAGCACUGAUCUUAACCAGAACAUAAAGCACAAGACUAUUGAUUAUAUUUCUGAGUCACAGCCCUUGAGCAGUUUCCCAUGUGCUUCAUGGAAAUGCUCAAGUGCCUGAUAUCUGCUGGCAGAUCUCCUCAGGGCAAUUUACAUCUGGGCCAAAAGUCCCAAGACAAGGUGAUGUUUUAAAAUACACAUAGGACGUUUUCUGACUUCAUGCAAGUCAGGUAUUUCAUCUGUGAACAGUGCAUUGAUUUUUGUUUAAUGUUUUUAAGUACACUUUUCUAUUUGUCAUUGGAAAUCAAAAUGAUCUGCUGAAGGCUGUGUUUAAACUGCGGUUAUGUACUCAUUCCACAAAGUAUGGCAAUCUAGAGAAAGAAUGAAAAUCUUUAAAUCCUAACUGAAUAUCAGUCUCAGUGAGAAGGACAUAUUUCACUGUCUUGGAGGCUAAACUUCUCUUUUAAAAAACCAAAAAAUUGGUGGCACAUUAUUCAUCUUCCUGUUCAGAUGUUGAAUGAAGAAAUCCGCAAACUUCUUCACAAUUUAUCUUAUAGUCAGUUGCUAUAAAAUCACAGGCAACACUGGUUGGGUUCUUUGUAUAUUUUUAAAUGAGAGCUGCUCAAGAGGCAAUGCCAUUAUUUUAUAUAUGCUGAUUCUUUUUAGAUUAUGUCCUGUGACUUAUGUGUAAUUGUUUCAUUAUAGUUUCAAAACUAGAUGGCCAUUUCAUAUGUAUAAUACAGUACAUAUUUUUAUUAAUCUUGCUUUUAUUAUGAGGGGUUGUUUGUUGUGUGUAUGUAUUUUUAUAUAGAGAACUUGAUAUAUUUGCAUAUUUAUUUAACAGAUUAAUCAGAAUUAAAGAAAAUGCCAUCUCUAAAUUGUAACUAGAAAUAAUAUUGCUAAAACCACAUUGGACUUUAAAAUAAGCUUCCAAAAUAAACCUGAUUCCACACUGAGGUGAAAUGUAAGUCCAGCUGUUAGUGGGAGAGAAAUCUUCAGCUGGAUAGUCAUGUUGAGUGCUGUGAUCAUUUUUUUCUGCUUGCAAAUUCCAAGCCAGGCUGAGGUGAAUGCUGUGUGACCUUGUCUGCUCCGCUGGCCUCCCACAGGCUCCACCGAUGCUCAGGGAGUUAGUGAUGAGUUCAGCUUUACCCCAGAAGCAGACAAUAGCUACAAGUUGGUUCAGUUUAAGAUCAACCCAGUAAGAUCUUGACAACCAUUCCUGGCUCAUUGAAGCAACAUUUGAAGAGUGCAGCACCCAGCAAGAUCCAGCCCUUCCUUCUGGGUGCUGACAGACAAAUCAGCUGUGACUGACAAAUCUCACUGUGUCUUGGUCUAUCCUUGCUUGGUGCCUAAGAAGAAUGAGGAUCUCUCCUAAAAAUGCUAAGGAGCCUGUGAUCAGCUUCUGUUAUUCCUUUGUCUUGAAAAGUUUCAAAUAAAUGUGAUCCAGACUAGUGGAAUACUGUCUAAAGCAGCAAGCAUAUUUAAGAGAGUCUCUGUAUGUUUUAUGGGAAUGUGAUGUUUUCAUGAAGUAAUGCAGGCUGAUUGUUUCAUCUGUAUUUUCUUGAAGUUCUGAAAAUGAAUACUUGAUUAAAGCAGAGAAAGGAUG